AUGAUACGUAGUGUUAUUAGACAAAUGAUGGCACUAACUUUAGUACCUGAACAAUAUGUUCCAUCAUUAUUUGCAAAUCUCGGACAAGAAUUAAAUGAUUCUGAACGUGAUGAAUUAAGUCAAGUUUGUAAAGCAAAAUGGUUAUCAAAAAAUCGUCAAGUAGCUUGUAAAGUGAUUCGAGUGACACCACAGCGAUGUCACUUGGAAGAGAGCUUUCGCAAAGAAUUAGCUGCCUAUGCUGAACUAUCCGGUGCAUUUAUCCUUAAAACAUUCGGUUAUGGUGAUCGAAUGCUAGACAAGGGGGUAAAAGAAUGUUACUUGAUUACUGAAUUUAUGCAGCGUGGUAGUUUGUCCGAUGUAAUUCAUAAUCGUGAUGAGAAAAUCUCACUUCGACGUAAACUUUCCAUGGCCUGUCAUAUUGCCAGUGGUAUGCGUAAAUUACAUGCACACACGAUGAUUCAUCGGGAUAUUCGUCCUGAUAAUAUUCUUGUAUCGAAUAAUUUUACAGCAAAGAUCGGUGAUAUGGGCAUCGCACAUAUAUUCAAUCCAGACGAACGCCACACAUUGAUCGGUUGUUUGCCUUUCAUGCCACCGGAAUUCCAUCGUGGCGAUGGUCAAUAUGAUCAAUCACUGGAUGUGUUCACCUAUGGAUUGACAUUAAAUGAACUAUUUACAGAGAAAAUUCAUCGAUUUAAUCAAUCGACCAAACAUGUUCAAUUAAUCGAACAAAGUCCGAUUUUCAUCAAUUUGAUUCUUCAAUGUAUUCGGGAUGAAUCGACUCGCCGACCAACUGCUAUCGAAUUGGAAUAUAUUCUUCAUAAGUAUCGACAAGCAGCGGAUCGAUAUAUCAAAGAAAAAUGUUCCAAUUAUACAAAUCAAACAAUAGCAACAAAAGAUAAUAUUUUUAUUCGUUUCUAUAAUGAAUACCACCAGCAGGAGAAAGCCGAACCGAAAGCAGUUUUUUCACCACCACCAAGACCACAUGUAAAUUUGAAUCUAAUUCGACAACAUUUCGAAGAUAUGAUGAAACAAUUCAGUAGUGUUCAUGAAAAAGAUGCUGAUCGUAACAAAAAUCGGCCCGAGGUGGUGAAAUUGAAAAAAUAUCUGGAUAAUCCAAGUCCUGUCCUUGUCAUUGAGCCCGUUGAAAAAGAUCGACGACCAUCAACAUCAUCAUCAAAUUUUCAUCGAGUUGAACAAGAGAAUCAUCAACAAUUUCUUCGUGUCGUCAAACAUCAACGAUCACGGACGCCCAGUCCAAUAUGUCCCCGUCUCAAUGAUCCACUACAUGCUCAAGAUUUUUUCCAUAUGCCAGAUCAAUUUCGAGCUGUCGGGGCUGAUAAUGAUAUCGAACAACGUAUGCGACGAUUGCGUCUCGAAGCAGGUGUCGAUCAGUCAUCACCCCAUUUUGAUCAGAUCAUGCGAAAAUUCAAAUAG